GUCACUUAUUAUUUUUCAGCAGAAGUAUGGGUGAAUGCAGUACUCUUGGUCAAAACCUGCCAUCAGGGUCAGGGCUGUGUGGCAUCAAAAGAAGUCAUUCCAGUGAUGACAGUGAUGAUGCCACCAUCCCAACCAAGGUCUUCAAAAAUGACAUUUGUAGGUUGAUUGAUUUGCCAGAGCGCCAUACGGAUCCUGGAUCAGAGACUGAAUUUUCAUUUCAGGAAGAAGAAACAGAUUUAUGUUGCCGCAGCAGCGAAACGUCUAGCAGUGAGUGGUCAGAGAGAAAUGCAGUAGGUCGUGUCGAAUUUGAAAUACGGUCACCUAAUGAAGGGCCGAAUCCUUUUGGCGAUAGCAGUACUGCGAGUGAUGCCAGUGUGAACGAGCUUCAAGUUGUUGGGCUUCCACCACCCAAGACAUGGGACAACGCAGGAAAUUCUAGCUGUGGUUCAUCAGGCAGCUCUGACGUCUUUGAUCCCGAAAUCCCGAGAAGAGAUUACUGGACGUGUCUGCAGUGCAGCAACGUGAACAACAGACCUGCAUUCCGAUACUGCGAGAAAUGUUACAAGGUGAGGCGGGACAUGUACCAGCCACGGGUGAAACCGAGGAAGAGAAGAAAGAGGAAGAGCUCAAAGGGAGUGGCCACUGCGAGGAAUUCCAUAGCUAUGAAGGUAGUCAGUGAGAGGACUACAAGCACAAACAAAUUUCAGCCCAACAGUACGAUGUUCAGAGACACUUUUAAAAGCUGUGAUGAUUUGAAAACAUCACCAAUAGCUUUUAGUGGAGUAAAACUGGAAUUGUGUUCCCAGGAGAACAGGGACAGCGGUGUAGCUUGCAGCCAGAGCAGUGGCGUGGCCUGUAGUCAGAGCACAGUUGCCUCUGCCCUGCCGGCAAGUGGCAAAGACAGUGACUCCAGCCUGAGUCCAGACUCUGGUGCCGAUACUCGGGAAUUCCAUGGCAUCAAGCUCUCCAGCACCAGAGAGCACAGUUUGAAAGUCAGCUCACUGGGACUUGACUUGAGACAAAGUGUUGAUGUAGUCGAUUUGUUAGCACGUGUCGCACGUCGAGAAGCUUGUGUGAUUGCCUCACAGUCAAAUAAUUUACAUCAAGACAGCAGUCAAAUUGACUCAUCAUCACAGACAUCAUGUCGAGAUGUUCAAAGAGCUGUUCAUGCUGUGCGGACUUUGUAUAGAAGUGUGGAUAAAGUUGAUGCUGUGGAGCCUUACAUGAAUCAAUGUGUUGAUGAAGUUAACACUGUGAAUCCUUCCAUGAGUCAGGGUGUUGAUGAAGUUGACACUGUGCAUCCUUCGACUGUUCAGGGUGUUGAUGAAGUCGACGCUGUGCAUCCUUCCAUGAGUCAGGGUGUUGAUGAAGUUGACGCUGUGCAUCCUUCCACGAGUCAGGGUGUUGACGAAGUCGACGCUGUGCAUCCUUCCACAAGUCAGGGUGUUGACGAAGUCGAUGCUGUGCAUCCUUCCACGAGUCAGGGUGUCGAUGAAGUCGACGCUGUGCAUCCUUCCACGAGUCAGGGUGUCGAUGAAGUCGACGCUGUGCAUCCUUCCACGAGUCAGGGUGUCCAUGAAGUCGACGCUGACCAUCCUUCCACGAGUCAGGCUGUCGAUGAAGUCGACGCUGACCAUCCUUCCACGAGUCAGGGUGUCGAUGAAGUCGACGCUGACCAUCCUUCCACGAGUCAGGGUGUCGAUGAAGUCGACGCUGACCAUCCUUCCACGAGUCAGGGUGUCGAUGAAGUCGACGCUGUGCAUCCUUCCACGAGUCAGGGUGUCGAUGAAGUCGACACUGUGCAUCCUUCCACGAGUCAGGGUGUCGAUGAAGUCGACACUGUGCAUCCUUCCACGAGUCAGGGUGUCGAUGAAGUCGACACUGUGCAUCCUUCCACGAGUCAGGGUGUCGAUGAAGUCGACACUGUGCAUCCUUCCACGAGUCAGGGUGUCGAUGAAGUCGACGCUGUGCAUCCUUCCACGAGUCAGGGUGUCGAUGAAGUCGACGCUGUGCAUCCUUCCACGAGUCAGGGUGUUGAUGAAAUUGACUCUGUGCGGCCUUCCGCGAGUCAGGAUGCUGAUGAAAUUGACUCUGUGCGACCUUCCAUGAGUCAAAGUGUUAAUGAAGUUGACUCUGCGUGCCCUUGCACAAGUUGGGGUGUUGAUAAAGUUGAUGCUGUUUGGCCUUCUGUGAGUCAGGGUGUUGAUGAAGUGGACACUGGGCAGCAACACAUAAGUCGGAUUGUUGAUGAGGUUGACUAUGUGCAGCAUUCCAGUAAGGGAAGUGUCUGUGAACUGCGCUCUGUGAAAACUCAGACUGAUCUCUGCUUCAUUUCAAAGAGUGACGUUCCAAAAGAAAAGCCCAUUGUUGAUGUCGAUAAAUGUAUGACGUGUUAUUCAAGAUCACUGGAUGGAAUUUUUGUGCAUUCGAAAUAUGCACAUAUGUGCUGUUGCUAUAAAUGCACAGUGAGAGUGUGGAAAACUACAAAACGUUGUCCUCUAUGUAAUUGUAAAGUGAUGAACGUGCUACGCUUGUUCAAAGGAUGUUGAAAAUGUGAGGUGAGGCGCGACAUGUACUUGCUAUGGGUGAAACCGAGAAAGAGGAAGGGCUCAAAGGGAGUGGCCAUUACAAGGAAUUUCACAGCUGAGAAGGCAAACAGUAAGAGGCCUACAGGUGCAAACAAAUACUAGCCCAACAGUACAUCAUUUGGAGGCACUGUUACAAGCUGUGACAGUUUGAAAACAUCACCGGUAGCUUUUAGUGGAACAAAACCGUAAUCGUGUUCCCAGGAGAACAGGGACAGCGGCGUGGCCUGCAGCUGCAGCACAGUCACCUGUGGCCUGCUGGUGAGUGGCAAACACGGCGACUCCAGCCCGAGUCUGGACUCUGGUGCCGAUACUCGGGAUUUCCGUGGCAUCGAGCUCUCCGGCACUGGAGUGAGCAGUUUGAAGUCAGCUCACUGGCACUCGACUCAGUACUGAGAGAUAGCAAUCACAUUGCCUCUGCACCAAAAAUGUUGUCAAGGUGUUGAAAAAGCUAAGUAUGUGCAACCUUCCACAGGUCAGUGUGUUGAUUAAGUUGACACUAAGCAACCAGAUAUCUGUUAUUGAAGUCAGCUUAAUGCAACACAUUUUGGUGCCAUCUAUUGUAGCUGGAGUUUCAACUUCAGAAUCACAAUCAGUGAAGACAGGCUGAUCUGUGCUUCAUUUCAGAGUGACGAUCCAAAAGAAAAGCCGAUUGUCAAUGUCGUAAAUGUAUGACGUGGUAUUUGAUCCCACUGGGUGGAAUUUUUGUGCACUCAAUAACUGCACAUAUGUAUUGUUGAAUGAAUUUCUUUUAUUUUGGCCAAAGGUCACAAAACUUUUGGUCCUUAGAUGAAUGGCAGAAAUGAAAGAAAUUCAUUCUACACUUCCUGUACCACUGCAUCAAUCUGCGGCCAGGUCACAAUUUGUUGUGUGUGGUGGUG